AUGGCUUCGGUUCCUGGACAGCAUACUGGGAUUCUGCGCGAGGAGAAUAUUGCCUUGAGGCAAAUUCUGGGUUAUCGCCUUGGAACCAUCACCUCCUCGCCGUACAGACUGUGCUCCAUUGGCCAGUACUUGCCAGGGACUCGUAUAAAGGAUAUCUUACUCGUCAGCGUUGAUGUCGACACAGGGGGCGGCUAUGAAGCCAUUUCGGAAGAGCAGAGCUUCCACAUUGGCAUAUCCAUUUUCGAUACGCGAAGCCUCACAGACCGACCCCAAGACCUCGGCGACGCCGUCAAGUCUUAUCAAUUUAUCAACAAUCACUCAAAGCCGUGCAGAUGGGCUGCCAAGUCCUUUCUUUUUGGCGAAUCAAAGCUGAUUGAACUCGCCAACCUCGCAGCAAGUUUCUUCUCGCUUACCCAAGGCCGCGAUUAUGUUUUAGUAGCGCACGGAAUAGAGACAGAGAUCAAGUUCUUUAAUAACCUCAACCCGGGAAUUGCAACCGGCGCUUCCUACAUAUUGGAUACGGUCAAGGCUGCCCAGUACCCUCUACAACUUUACUACCGGUAUAGUCUGGAGAACCUUCUAGACGAACUCAACAUCCGCUACGCGAAGCUCCACGCCGCUGGGAAUGAUGCUCAUUUUGCGCUCAAAGCACUGCUUAUGAUUGCUGUUCGCGAUGGUCAAAUGGCAUCCGCACCGGAGACAACUACGCCUAUACACCAAGACCUAUUCCGUAUCCUUGACGCAAUUGCGCAUGCCCCAGUCGCGAUUCCAAUCUGGACUGAGAAACCACCGGCGGCUUCACAAACACUUCAGACCAAGCCCAAACUAGGUAUAUUAGCAAAGCGUCGACUACGAGCCGCAGCCAAGGCCGCUAGAAAAGCAUCCCAGGAGUUACCUUGCGACGAUGAGUUGAACGGGCAGGGAGACCAUGGUGGUGAUGAUCAGGAGAAGACAGCCAGAGAGCUCCCGCCAUGA